UUUUGCCUUCUUACUCUCUCGUACCCACAGCCGUCAAGAUGCCUCCAGCGGGUGCCCAACCUCGAAAACCGAAUGCCCCUUCAGCGGCGAACAAGGAAGCAAACGAAUACAUCCCCUCCUUCAUCUCCAAAAAGCCUUUCUACAUAGGAGAUGAUGACGACCAGAACGACUACCUCGAGCACCAACGGCUUCAAAAAGCCCAAUCAGAUCAGUCGAAAUGGUACGAUCGAGGUAAGAAGCUUGGCCCUGCUGCGACGAAGUUCCGCAAAGGCGCAUGUGAGAAUUGUGGUGCCAUGACACAUAAGACGAAGGAGUGCUUGAGUCGGCCCAGAGCUAAAGGUGCGAAGUGGACAGGCAAGGACAUACAGGCUGAUGAGGUAGUUCAGGACGUCAGCUUAGGAUGGGAUGCUAAAAGGGAUCGGUGGAAUGGGUACGAUCCUAAGGAGUACAAGGCCGUGAUCGACGAAUACACGGAGUUGGAGGAGCUCAAGAAGAAGGCAGUGGCUACCAAAGAGGACGAAGAGGACGAGGGCGAGGAUGGUGCGAAGUAUGCAGAAGAAUCAGACAUGGGGAGACAGCAAAGUACGGCUACGAGGCAACUUCGUAUCCGGGAAGAUACGGCAAAAUAUCUUUUGAAUCUCGACCUGGACUCUGCAAAAUACGAUCCCAAGACAAGAUCCAUGGUGGACAGUGGAGCAACUGCGGAUACAGCUGCUGCUUUGGUUGCGGAAGAAGGGUUCAUGAGGGCCUCAGGAGAUGCUGCGGAGUUCGAAAAAGCUCAAAAGUACGCAUGGGAAUCUCAAGAGAAGGCGGGAAACACCAAACUACAUCUUCAGGCAAAUCCUACGUCCGGAGAGUAUUACCGAAAGAAGGAGAAAGAAGAGGCGGAGGCAAAGAGACAAGCCCACAAAAAGAUGUUGCUGGAAAAGUAUGGUGGUGAAGUCAAUCCAAAUGCUGCAAAGCUUCGAGAUGCUGCCGUUAUCGAAUCCGAGAAGUACAUCGAGUACGACGAGUCUGGCGCAAUCAAAGGCGCUCCUAAGAGGGUGGCAAAAUCGAAGUAUCCGGAGAAUGUUUUGAUCAACAAUCACACAUCAGUAUGGGGCAGUUGGUGGGCAAAUUUCAAAUGGGGUUAUGGCUGUUGUCAUUCCACAAUCAAGAACUCAUUCUGCACUGGAGAGGAAGGCAAGAGGGCCUUUGAGGAGGCUGACAGACUUCGGACAGGCGGUUAUUUGGGAGAGGGAGAGCCAGUCAAGGAGAUUGAAUGGCCUUCUAAGGAAACUGUCGAGAAAGCCUCGGAGGAUAUCAGCAAGACGUUGAUGGCUAAGAAGCGGACCAUGGAAGAAAUGAAGGGUGGAGUUUCUGAGGAAGACAUGGACGCCUGGAAGAAACAGCGGACGGGCUUGCACGACCCUAUGGCCAAAUUCUUGGGAAAGGAUGAACUGUUGGAGUAGUUGCACGAUAACUGCAUUAACGAGGCGUUACCUGGGUUGCAUGUCAAGGAGUUCUUCGGGGAUAUUAGAAUUUUGAUAUUUAAGCUCUAUAAUCUUCUACAGCAGCCACUCUCUGAACCCCCUUCUUGAAUUUGUAAACCUCACCUGUCAACCACGCUUGCUUGACCCCGCGCUGCUUGGUCUUCACGACAUAAACAACUGUUCCUUGGAGUUGUUGCAAGUUUUGGAAGCAAGAUUAUUGAUCUUCACACUUCAAUCUCCAGUCCAAUCGCUGCUCCAUAUGAAAGUCCCACAUCGCCAUUGCGUGUUCUUUUCCUUCUGACCCGAAGGUCCGAGUGGCCGUGGACACAUGUAAAAUGAUCUCCCACAGUUAACACCAGGCUUUUUUGUGACGAAGCUCACGCAGGGCUCGUUGUGCUCGCAUCUCGGGACA